AUGGAAGAGCUAGGGUUGCCAGAGCAGUUGUAUCAGACAGGGUACGAGCCAACUGGGCGUAAACGGAUUAAUAAUUACUUCAAUUUGAGGUGGAUUGAGGUUAUCAAAGAAUCACUAACCGUUGCGCAGCAGGAGAUGUUAGCAGAAUCCCAAUUCCGGCAAAUAAUGCAGAUGGGGUCCCAUACAUUUUCAGUUAUGUUUGCCCACCAGUUGUUGGCGCGCCAGUUGGUUACCCGGAAGAAGUACGAACUAUGGUGGCGUUUUGCGGGGAAACCAAUAAGGUAUGGUAUUGGAGACUUUGCUUUAGUAACGGGUCUUAACUGCGGGAUCCCUCCAUCAACUGGUGAUGGUUGUCAGGCUGCAGUAAGAGGGAAAAAAAAGGGAAAAUCAAAGGGCAAGCAAGUCGUUCCCGAGGGAGGGGUGUGGAUGUCGUUGUUUGGGAAGGAGGAUAAGAUUACUCCGGAGUGGAUUGUCCAGCGGUUGGCACAGAAAGACAAAUGCAAAGAUGAAGAAACGAAACUACGUUUGUCACUUCUGUUGCUAGUGGAAGGGAUUUUGUGUCCAACCAGUGGGUGUACGCAGAUAAGACCUGAAGUUGUGGAGAUGCUUGCGGAUUUACAGAAGUUCCUCGACUAUCCAUGGGGCCGGGAGUCGUUUGUUUUAACGGUCUCAAGUGCGAAGCCAAGAUCGGCUUCACAAUAUGCGCAAGACACAGUGGCAAUUCAAGGAUUUGCACAUGCUAUUGUCCUUGUUACCAUAUGUUGUUGUCCCCAGAUUAUAGUUGAUUCAAGGGUAGCUGAAGAUUUGUUGGACGACUCCCUACCAGUCGAGGACAUAGUUGAUGGUGUGUGUGCGCGGAGUGUCAGGAUAAAUGUUGUGACGGUCCAAACUAUGGAGACUAUUGGCAUGGCUAAUGUGAGGUCACUCCUAUGCGAAGGUUCUGACAUUCCCCCAUUUCCUGAUGAAGUCGACGAUUUCGAAGUGGGGAACCUUCUUGCAUUGAUUCGGGAGGACUUCCCUUUCGAGCUUAAUACAUGGCGGGGUGGUGUAAAGGCUACAGAUGCGCGUCAGAGUAGAGGAGUUGGUGGCCCAUCAGGCAUCGAGGGCGAGGAUGGAGUUGCGGAUGAACGGAACGAUCCAACCCAAAACUUAAACAACCCCCAGAGAGACGGUCGUGAUGUCGAUCGUAUAGCACGUGCUGCAGCGGAUGCGGUUGUGGCACAAGCGAUGCCAAUGUUUGAGGGUUACGCGGUUAAUAUCAAAAGUCACGUGCUGCGAGAAAUAUCGAUGUUUAAGGAAACCAUCGGCGGGGAAAUGAAACUUGUCAACCGUGAGCUAGUUGAAUUUCGUAAGCUUCUGAUUCCACAAUCAGCGGGAGGAACAACAAUGUAUCAGGAAACUCGUAGAGCAUCACCUAGAAGCAGGGACGGCGAUGGUGAAACGAGUAACCCGCCUAAUGUCAGUGACGAUUUGCGAGAGGAUGCGACUGCAGGAUGUGGAAACCAAGGCAUUGUCAACGAUGAUGGAACACCCACAGAAACAGAAGCUGGCCAACAAGGUAACGGUGGCGAUGGCGCGUCGGGUAAGGAGAAGGCAACUGAUGUACUUUCCGAUUGUCUGCAUCCGGAUGAUGCAGUCAACAUGGUUUUGGAUUCCUUAAGAGUUGAAGAGGACGUUGAAGCAGAUGGCAUUUCACGUGAAGAGGUCUCCCCAGUUAGAAGUGCGGAAACGGAAGUUGCCCCCUCCGCAGACAUUUCAACAGAUCCGUUGCCAGAAGAGGUUACCCUUACUAAAGUGGCCCCAUCCCCAGACAUUCCAACAGAAGCGGUGCAGCAAGAUGUUACCCCUAUUGAACCUGUUACGGACGUAUGUGACCAGGAAGCUAAUCCCACGGAGGUCGAUAUUGCUUCUCUUAAUAAACAACAUCGUGAGUCAGCUUGUGUGGAUGCGACAGGAGAAACACAUCAGACGCCAACGGCCGCUUGUUUGGGAUCCUCAUCUUCGCAACUUGAUCAGGGGAACAUUGGUGCAGACGUAGUGGGUGAACAACCUCAGCAACCAGAGGUAACCAACCAUGAGAAGCGUGUUAGUAAACGCCCAAGAAUUGCUACAGUCAGAUAUACUCCGGCAGAGGACGCGGCAAAGAAAGUAAAGGGGAACCAAAAAAAGAAGAAAAAGGCGGCCCCCCGUGGGAAAGGGCGUAAAACGAAGGAGGAAAACGUUGUUGAAACGGGGAAUGUUCCAGUUGCAGAUAACAACCCACCUCCGUUUCUAACUACCGCAGGCCCUAUUGGACCUCUUAUUGGUGGCUUUUCCCCUGUUCCCGGACAAAAUGGAUUCCGACUAGCAGCGUUUACAACCCACAUUCUUUUGCAAAGGGAUUACACAUUGGGGAACGGUCUUGUUGUUCCCAAUACUGUCUUUCGAGAUUUCUUUCAAUCUUCGAGUCCGCAGACAGUUCAGGCAGCUGACAUGGUAGUUAGUUUUAUUCGGAAAAGGGUUCGUGAUGCGGGAGUAACCACCUAUGAUUUUCUGCCUGCCUCUUUCCUGAUUUCGCUUCGUCUUGAGUAUGGUCAGUUCAGUCUUGUGAACGAUAUUGGAAAGUUCAGCUUCUCGAGUUGUUUCGGCAAAGACGGCAUGCCUGCAAUGCGGUGGGAAAGUAGUGUUAACGUUCUAUACUGUCCUUUUCAGUUGGACGGCCGCCAUUGGGUUGGGGUCGUUAUCGAUAUAGAACAGUGGUCGGUCACCAUUUUAGACUGCAAUAGUGUGGUUGUCCCAGUUGAGAGAAUGGAAGAAAAUCUCCAACCCCUUAUCCAGCUCUUCCCCUAUCUGUUACCGCUAUAUGGUUGUGCCCCUAAGAUGGAAGGGGGAAUUGUUGCACCGCUUUCUGUUAUGCGCGUAGAACCCCCGAUGUUGGCAGAACCCACAGGUUUAUCAUGUGUUGCUAGUCUUCUACUUCUCGAACUACAUGCAACAGGUUCCAUGCAUCAGGCUGCCAGUUUGAAUGUUGAUGUACUCUCGGUGGCGGCGAAGUCUUACGCAGUUGCUGCAUUGGAAGCAUUUUACCCCAACGUCAUUCCGUGA